AUGCUGAAGCAGAAGAACCGAACGGGAGUCAUAGCCGCUGACCUAGCAAUCCAAGGCUUCAACCGCGGAAACACGGUGCUGGCACUUGGACCAGAGAAGUACCGUUCCACGAAGUCGCAGUUUUGGAAGGACACCGAGGAGCUGGAACGCUUCCCCCCCAAGUACCAGGACCAACAGGAUGUCUUCGAGGAGUAUCUUCACAACGGAUCACUUUCCCCAUCGCGACACCAGCUUGCGCUCAAGAGCUCGUCUGGACUGAUGGAGUUGCAUUACGACACCAUGAGGAAGAGGGCCAAAGAACGUGCAGCUCACCCGGUCCAAAAGAAGCUGCCCAGCAUGGACAGAGCUUACUCCGCUUGCGCUGGUUACAGUGGUCUCAUUCCGGGCAAGAUCUCGGGCAAUAUUGUCGGGUGCUCCUGGCGGGAGGGCAGUCGCUUGGCCUUGGAGACGCAGGGGCAGUUCUUCAAACCGCCAAUGUCCGGACUGGUCUUCUCACUCAAGAGGAGGACUCUGAGCCGGAGUGCAUCGCUUCCAGGGGUGGAUGGCAUGAAUGCUUCCAAGAUGAAUGCUAGCACACUGAAGCUUGAUGAUCGCAGCGCGUUUCCGUAG